AUGGGGAAGUGCAUGGGGAAGCGCCGGCGGCGGAAGAACCUGCUGAGGAGCGCAGUGGGGAAGCUGCAGGAACAGGGUGGCCGAUCCAGAGCACCUGGCACUGCCUCCAUCCGGAUCCACAUCUCCAACCCCACCGAGAGGGUCACGGCCUUCGAGGCCUCCUCCCCGUCGUCGUCCUCUUCCCUAGCAGUCAAGUUUGCCACCAGUCUGGAGAAGGUGGGGGACCGGCAGUUCCUGCUGUCCUCUGCUCCCCCGUUGUCUGUGGUGUACACUUCUGAGCCCAUAGAAACCUCCAGGCUGGAGGAAACCUUCAGCAAGCUGCGGGAGUUGGCUAAGAAGGAGAUGCUGGUGGUGAUGCAGCUGGGGGUUGAGGACCUGUUCCAGGAGCACCAGCAGACUUGGUCUGAUUUGUUUAUUUCAGGGGUUGAAAUGAGAAAGAUUACAGAUUCCCAUACACCAUCCAGCAAGACCGUUAACAUGACUCUCUACUAUGUCCUGUCCUGCAUGCCAGCUCCUCUGCUGGAUCCACUCAUUAGUGGUGAGGACAGAGAAAAAAUGGAAGCCAACUUGAACUAUGCUGACCACUGCUUCAGUGGCCAUGCAACCAUGCAUGCAGAGAACCUAUGGCCCGAGAAGCUAUCUAGUGUCCCUCAGAUCCUGCAGCUUUCAGACUUGUGGAAGCUGACUCUCCAGAAACGGGGAUGCAAGAGCCUGGUGGCAGCUGGGGUCCAGGGACUUAUGCAGGGGAUGGUGCUCAGCUUUGGAGGUCUGCAGUUCACAGAAAACCAUCUCCAGUUUCAGGCUGACCCUGAUGUGCUCCACAACAGCUAUUCCUUGCGAGGAAUCCACUAUAACAAGGACUUGAUUAACCUAGCUGUUCUGCUAGAUGCUGAAGGAAAGCCCUUCCUGCAUGUGUCUGUGAAGUUCCAGGACAAACCAGUCAGGCUAUAUGCCUGCGAGGCAGGCUGCUUGAAUGAGCCUGUGGAGUUGACCUCUGAGGUGCGAGGUCACACUUUCCCUGUCAUGGUGACUCAGCCUAUCACACCUUUACUUUAUAUAUCUACAGACCUGACCCAUCUGCAGGACCUGAGACACACGCUGCAUCUGAAAGCUAUCCUGGCCCAUGAGGAGCACAUGGCCAAGCAGUACCCAGGUUUACCCUUUCUGUUCUGGUUCAGCGUGGCCUCCUUAAUCACACUUUUCCACCUGUUUCUGUUCAAACUCAUCUACAAUGAAUACUGUGGGCCAGGAGCCAAGCCACUCUUCAGGAGUAAGGAAGAUCCCAGUGUCUGAGCAAGUGAACUUACAGUCCUGCUUUCAGCCUCCAUUUGCACAAGACAGCUAAUGCCCGAAAGUUCUGCAGCUGAGAACAAGGACCUUCCGAAAGCAACAACCUUUUUGUGCCUUGUUAAGAGGGGAAUCUGUGACUUGGAAAGUUUAUGGUUAUUCAAGGGUUUACAUUAUAAGCUCAUGUAUCACUGGGGUGUCUUUUUGCCGUGUAACAUUCAGUUCCAUAAGAUUAAUCCAUUUGAUGAGGAAUACUUGAAAAUAUAAUGAGUCCUUUGAUACUUUGAUUUUUUUUUUAAUUUUACAGGAAAAUAAAGAAUGAACAUUCCCUACAGAGUUAACUUAACUAGAAAACUCUUGAAUUCACUGUCACUACUCCUUUCUAGUAUGCAUUUUAAUUUAUUGCACUGUGGGGCGGGGGUGGGAGAGGAUGUUAAUUUCACAUUAAACUUUGAUAGCAAAUAACUCACAGACUGUAUAUAUGUGUUGGUAAUAGGUUUCGCUCAGCCUCUGUGAUUGUAGAGCACAAAAUAUUCAGUUUAAUGAAGUGAUUUCUGAGUUAAGUUUGGAAAUUUCCUGUUCUGAGCAUAAUGAGACUUUGUGUGUUGGUAUGUUCCGGCUACUGGGGAGGUGUGCUACUUUGUAGUGAUUUGAAGAUUGUUUGGUUUUAAAAUACCAAAGUUGUUGUUUUUAAAUAAAUACUUUUCAGUCUAUAGCGGUAA